AUGAGUUACUACGGAGGUUAUAUGCCAUACUACCCUUCAUAUAACACCUACCCAACGUACGCUGCAACAUACGGCACCUACGGGACCUAUGGCAUGAACGGCAUGAACGGCAUGGGCGCAAUGGGUGCGAUGGGAUACCCGUACUAUGGCAACUACGGGAUGGG